AGAUCAUCUUCCUGCCCAGCGGGUCUCUCUCUUUCUCUCGCUCGCUUGUUGCAACAGUGAAUAGGUGAUAGGCAGCUCUACAUCUGUCCUAUACUGUUCCUUUUUAUUGUGCCUUUCUCUUUGGCUCAGUCAUGUCAUAGAAUUGUUUAUUGCAUUGAGUGCACCUGUUUGGAAACAGUGCGUUUCGCGCGCCGCGAGCUCACAAUUCACAACCACCUCGCGACUAGGAAGCUUGUAGAGACAGAGCGGCUGAGCAGCUCAACUGUCCAUGAUGGCGACGGUCACGGUUGAAUUGCCGUUUCUCGCCUCUCACUAUUCCAUUGCGGAAUCGACCCUUACGACUCUCACACAAGCGCCCACUGCUGAGCUGGUCAAUCAGCUGCUGGAAAGCAUCACCAAGAAGGCCCGGGAUUUCGAUGAACUGAAAUCCGACAAACUUCGAUUGGAGGUUGAGCUGGAGAAUGCCGUGCGCAGUAAUGAGGCUAAAGUCAAGGUGUUGAAGGGAUCAGUCGAGAAGGGACAUGCCGAAGUGGCGGACCUGAGGAAGAAGCUUCAGGAAACAGAAAAUGCAAAGUCAGCUCUCGAAUCCGAAAUUUCCUCCCUCAAGUCUUCGUCCACCUCCAGUGAAUCGGAGGUCAGCAGUUUGAAGUCUCGCAUUUCGUCUUUGGAAGCCUCGAACCGGGAUACCCUCGCACUUCUGGAGUCCAAAUCCGGCGCCUACGACAAGCUUGCCGAGGAAUUGUCGACGCAACACAAGAAAGCAAUCGAAUUGCGACGUGAGCUUUCUACAACCGAACAGAAUCUUCAAUCUGCCAACGCGGCAUCCGCUAGCGCACGGUUCCGCGAACAGAGUUUGCAGCAAGAACUCGAUCUCACGAAGAGAAACAACGAGUGGUUUGAGACGGAGCUGAAGACCAAGUCGGCUGAAUAUCUCAAGUUCCGCAAAGAAAAGAGCGCUCGGAUCUCUGAACUCCAACGUGAAAAUGAGGAGGCCAAUUCGAUGGUGGAUUCCCUGAGGCGCAACGAGAACGCCCUGAAGAGUCGUUUGGAUGAGGUUGAACAGCGGUACGAAGAAUCGCUGACGAGCAUCCAACAGCUUAAGGAGGAGGCCAUCCAAACAGCCGAGUCCUUCAGGAUCGAGCUGGACAGCGCAAACAGGCUCGCUGAGCUCCAGGGAGCGUCGGCCGAGACAGCUAAGCAACGCGUGCAGGAAUUCCAAUUGGCUUUGGAGAAGGCAAGGGACGACGCUGCGGAAGAGAUCUCCAGGCUUCGUGUCGAAGUGGAAACCGAGCACUCCGACAAGGAGGCCGCUGAGCGCCGCAUUGCAGAGCUCGAACUGGCGAUCAGCCAGCUUGAGUCGGAAGUAUCGGCCGGUAGGAACCGAUUGAUGAGCCCCGCUCGUGAAUUGAACGGAGCGACACCGAGUACUCCCAUGCGUCCUGGAACGCCUGUCGGUGCAUUUUCUCCCAGAGCCUCCCGGGCAAAGGGAGGCCUCACCCUUACACAGAUGUAUACAGAAUACGACAAGAUGCGGACCCUACUUGCCGCUGAGCAGAAAACGAAUCAGGAGCUCAAGACAACAUUGGAUGAGAUGGUCCAGGAUCUAGAAUCGAGCAAACCGGAGAUCGACGAACUUCGAGCUGAUCAUGCACGACUGGAAAAUGCGGUUGUCGAAAUGUCUGACAUUCUCGAAACCGCCGGGAAGGAGAGAGAUGAUUCAACCAAGGAAGCUAGGAAAUGGCAGGGCAAGGUGGAGGGUUUGGCGCAAGAAGGCGAUAUCUUGCGUCAGCAGCUCAGAGACCUGAGUGCCCAAGUGAAGGUUCUAGUCUUGGAGGUCACCCUCUUGAAGGAAGGGGAGAGCAGCUACGACAGGGAGGAGCUGGAGAAGAUCGCACGUGAUGAAAUUGAGGAGUCCACUUCCGAUCUGAAUCCCACAGGACGCUUCAUCAGCCGGAAUCUUACGACAUUCAAGGACCUUCACGAACUCCAGGAGCAGAACGUCACCCUUCGACGCAUGUUGAGGGAGCUCGGUGACAAGAUGGAGGGCGCGGAGGCUCGGGAAAAGGAUGCCGCUCGCCAACAGGAACAGGAAGAGCUGAAGGAACUGAGGAUUCGUGUGCAGACAUACCGUGACGAGAUUGCGAAUCUGGUCGCCCAGACCAAGAGUUACGUCAAAGAGCGAGACACCUUCCGCAGUAUGCUCACUCGCAGACGUCAAACUGUGGGUGGUGAUUCGAGUGUCUUCUCGCAGUCUCUGCCGCUCGGCUCUGUCCCGCCCACUGCGGAUGAGCAGGCGAAGGACGCCCCUGAUUAUGCUGACCUACUCCGCAAAGUGCAAGCUCAUUUCGACAGUUUCCGGGAAGAGACCGCCACAGAUCAUUCUGCAUUGAAACAACAAGUGCACGAGCUUUCGAGAAAGAACAGUGAACUGCUCAGCGAGAUCAGCAGGUCGAGCAGCCAGCUUGCUGCCGCUGUUCAACGGGCCGAGCUUCUUCAGGGCAACUUCAACAUGUUGAAGGGUGAGAAUGCGGAGCUCCAGAAGCACUACGCCACUAUCAUGGAAAAUGCCAACAAGCAAGACUUGAGAACCCAACAAGCCGCUGAAGAUUUGGUGGAGGCUCGAGGUCUUGUUGAUAGUCUCCAGAGAGAGAACGCCAACCUGAAAGCGGAGAAAGACCUUUGGAAGAAUAUCGAAAAACGUCUCAUCGAAGACAACGAAACUCUGAGAAAGGAACGCAGCCGACUUGACUCUUUGAACGCGAACCUCCAGACCAUUCUCAAUGAACGUGAGCACACCGAUGCCGAGAGCCGCCGCAGAUUGCAGCUUAGCGUCGAGUCACUGGAGUCUGAGUUGCAGUCAACCAAACGGAAGCUUAACGACGAGGUGGAGGAAUCGAAGAAGGCAACUUUGCGCAGGGAAUACGAGCAUGAGCAGAACCAGAAGAGAAUCGAUGACUUGGUCACAAGUUUGAGCUCUGUUCGUGAGGAACUCAUCGCCACGAAGACGACAAAGGAUCACCUGCAAUCACGAGUGGACGAGCUUACUGUUGAGCUCAAGAGUGCCGAAGAACGCUUGCAGGUUCUGCAAUCAAAGCCAACCGGCGCGGCUGCUUCGGUAGAGGCGACAGAGGCUGCAGAGGAAGGACCAGAAGGGAAUGGGUUGACUCGGGAGCAGGAAUUGGGCCUCCAGGUUUCUGAACUGAAACGUGACCUUGAGUUGGCUAAGACUGAGCUUCAACACGCAAAGGAGCAAGUAGAAGACUACCAAGCUAUCAGUCAGUCCACGGAGGAGCGCUUGCAGUCUGCCACCGAAACGCACGAGGAAUACCGUGAGGAAACAGAACGUGUUUUGGGAGAGAAGGAUAAGCGGGUUCAAGACCUAGAGACUCGUAUUGAGGAGAUCUCGACCGAGCUAUCUACAACAAACAAUGAACUUUCGAAGCUGCGCGAUGAGCAAGGUGAAGGGUCUCGGCGCUUGGAGGAACAGAAGGCUGCCUUUGAGACGGAAAUUACGAGGUUGAAGGACGAAAACGAUCGCCAUGUUGCAACUGCUCAGUUCCACCAGGACGACUUGAAGGCGCAGGCGGAGAUUGCUCAGCACGCCCAACAAAACUACGAAAGUGAACUGGUCAAGCAUGCUGAAGCUGCCAAAAACCUCCAACUUGUCCGGGCAGAGGCCAAUCAGUUGAAACUCCAGAUGGCUGAAAUGAAGACGCAAACCGAGAUCAACAAGAAGGAUCUCGCCCAAAAAGAAGAGAGCUGGCAAGAGCUCAAGCAAAGAUACGAGAGCGAGAUCACUGAGCUGCAGAAGCGUCGGGAGGAGGUUCUCCACCAGAAUUCAGUUCUCCAUACUCAGUUGAGGAAGGUGAAGAAACUGCUCCGAACCUGGAAGGUCUGCAGGAAGUCAUCAAGUUCCUGCGGAGAGAGAAGGAGAUCGUGGACGUCCAGUACCAUUUGUCCACCCAAGAAAGCAAGCGUCUCCGCCAACAGCUUGAGUACACUCAGUCUCAACUCGAUGAGACUCGCCUCAAGUUGGAGCAGCAACGCCGUGCUGCUGCGGACAGUGAUCACCAGGCUUUGAAUCACAACAAGUUGAUGGAAACUCUGAACGAGCUGAACCUGUUCCG